AAUUCUCAAUCAAUAUAGGUGUCUCUAAAAUAGUCAUCCCUCCUUUAUUAUUCAUAUACCCUCUUUCGUUGUAAAUAUGCUUAUUGAUAGAUUACUGGUCAUUUUCUAAGAGGACCACAACUCUGACCGUCUAAAACUACUACGCCACAUCCAUAUAUAUAUUCAGUCCGUCCUGCUUGUAGUACUCAUCUCAUUUAUAUUCUCUCAGCUUCAUCUCCCUCCACAACUUCAUCAUUCUCUCUGUAUCCAUCUCUUUCUAUCAGAAUACUUUUUUCAACAAGUUUAUCAACAAAAUGAAGAACACAACAAUCCUGUCAAACUCAUCAUUUUUUAUGAUCAUCAUCUGAAAGAUAAUAAUAACUACAUAUCUUUUAAUCUUGCACAUACUGUUAAUCUACUACUAGCUGCUGCCACAGAUAUAUAUAUAUAAUUAAUUAAGUUGUAUAGUCUGUUGUUAUGAUGAAGAAGAGUGGUUUAAUGAAUGGUGGUGAUUAUGAACAUGCUACACAUGGCAGCCCACACUUGAAAACUGUACUGUCAUCAGCAGAUAUCUUACAUCAUCAUAACAACAAUAUUAAUGCUCAUAAUAGUGAAGAAGAAGAAGAAGAAGAAGAUGAGGAAAGAAAGGUUGCGCUUAAUCUUCGUCAUCUCUCCAAAAUGAUUCUUCCACCAUUGGGUUCCUCUAACUAUAAUCAGAACCAAAUCUUAUCCAAUGGUAGAAUUAUCACCCCCAUGGAUUCCAGAUACAGAUGUUGGGAGACGUUGAUGGCAUUUUUAGUGGCGUAUUCGGUAUGGGUAUAUCCGUUUGAGGCAGCAUUCAUGAAGUCGAUACCAAGAGGAGGACUCUACUAUGCUGAUAACGUUGUUGAUUUCUUCUUUGCCAUUGACAUCGUUCUCACCUUCUUCGUUGCUUAUAUCGAUCCCAGAACUCAACUCUUGGUCCGUGAGCCCAAAAAAAUUGCUAAAAGGUACCUGACAAGUUGGUUUAUCUUGGAUGCGGCUUCCACAGUCCCAUUUGAGACUUUGGGAUAUUUGUUUACGGGAAGCAGGCAUAUGAAUAUCGGGUAUUACAUCUUGGGUUUGCUAAGAUUUUGGCGUCUAAGAAAGCUCAAACAACUCUUCACCAGGCUUGAAAAGGACAUUAGAUUCAGCUAUUUCUGGAUAAGAUGUACCAGGCUUCUCUGUGUGACAUUAUUCCAUGUCCACUGUGCUGGUUGUUUUUAUUAUAUGCUGGCUGAUCGAAAUCCAAACCCGAAUAAAACAUGGAUCGGAAAAGAGUCACCAGAUUUCAAGGAAGGGGGACUUCGGAUCAGAUAUAUUACAUCCAUUUACUGGUCUGUAACCACCAUGACAACAGUUGGUUACGGAGACUUACAUGCUGUGAACAGUAGAGAGAUGAUCUUCAACAUAUUUUACAUGCUCUUAAAUCUCGGUCUAACCGCGUACUUGAUUGGUAAUAUGACCAAUUUAGUUGUGGAAGGAACUCGCCGAACUAUGGAGUUUCGAAACAGCAUACAGUCAGCUUCAAAUUUCGUUUGCCGUAAUCAUCUUCCACCAAGGCUGAAACAGCAAAUAAUAGCAUAUAUGUGUCUGAAGUUUAGAGCUGAGACCUUAAACCAACACCAGUUAAUGGAACAACUGCCUCAAACAAUUUGUAAAAGCAUAUGUCAGCAUCUGUUUUUGCCUACAGUUGAAAAGGUUUAUCUUUUUCAUGGCGUAUCACGAGAAAUUCUCUUGCUCCUGGUCUCAAGGAUGAAGGCUGAAUAUAUACCACCAAAAGAAGAUGUUAUAAUCCAAAAUGAAUCUCCAGAUGAUGUUUAUAUUGUUGUAUCUGGAGAAAUAGAGAUAAUAGAUUGUAGGGAAGACGGGGAGUUCUUUAUGGGCAGACUAGUAACCGGUGACAUUUUUGGAGAACGUGGGGCGCUUGGUUGUAGGGCUCAGAGCUUUACAUUCCGAACAAAGACCUUAUCUCAACUCUUGAGGUUGAAGACAGCCAGUCUUUUUAAUGCAAUGCAGGCUAAACAAGAAGACAAUGCACUGAUCCUGAAAAACUUCUUCCGGCAUUAUAAUGGGCUUAAGGAUCCCAAUAGUGGCGAAUUUCAUGUAGACAUAAAUGGAGAAGGCGAUCCUAAGAAGGACAUAGAGCCCGACUUGUUAGAUGUGGCUAGCAGUGGAAAUGCUGCAUUUUUGGAUGAGCUUAUAAAGGCAAAAUUUGAUCCAGAAAUUGAAGACUCGGAAGGAAAGACACCCCUGCACGUAGCAGCAUCUAAAGGGCAUGAAGACUGUGUUCUGGUACUUCUCAAGCAUUCAUGCAACGUUCACGCUCAAGAUAAAUACGGGAACACACCAGCAUGGGAUGCCAUCUCUAACAAACACCAUUCUAUUUUUAGACUCCUCUACCACUGCUCGUCCAUUUCAAACCCUUGCACUGCUGGUGACCUUCUCUGCCUUGCUGCCAAAAGAAAUGAUCUCUCUACCAUGAAUGAGCUUUUAUCAUAUGGAUUGAAUGCUGACUCGAAGAAUCGCAAACACUUCACUCCUAUUCAAAUAGCUAUGAUGGAGAAACAUGUGGACAUGAUAAAUCUCCUACUUCUCAAUGGAGCUACUAUUGACAAGGUGGAUGAUAGUAUAUCGGAUGAACUAAUGGCUCCUAAACAAGAUUUAGGUGAUCGCCAGGCUAGGGUGCUCGAUGCAAUGGCAGCAGAUGCUACACAGGAAAUACUCUCUAGGAAAAAGGAAAGAGUGCAAGAUAACAGCUGUGCUGGAGGGUAUCCGUCAAGAGUGAUUAUAUAUAGAGGUCAUCCUGUUACGAGGAAGAAUAACGGAUGCACGGAAGCUGGGAGAGUCAUUAAGUUACCGAGUUCUAUCGAAGACCUCAAGAUCAUUGCAGGUGAAAAGCUUGGGUUUGAUGCAAGUAAUGCAACUAUAACAAAUGAAGAAGGAGCUGAAAUUGACUCCAUUGAAGUGAUUAGGGAUAACGAUAAAUUUUUUAUAGUAGAAACUGGUACUUUUGUGGUUUAAUUGUAGAUUUAGAUCCUCCUAAUGAGGUUAACAGAGAAUAAUGGAGAAAAAAAAGCAAGAGAAGAAUUGGAAGAAGAUGUCAAUGUAUAUUAAUCAGGCAUCCACCUUUUUCUUAUAUUUUCUGAAACGGUGCGUCCUUAUUUCCUCUUCUUUUUCUCGUGACCACGAAGAAUGUGUAUAGGUAUGAUGCAGUGCAGGAUAACAGGUAGUGGUGUAGGUUAAGGGUUUCGUUUUCUGUUUCAGUUAAUCCAACAGCUGCGUCAAUGGCAUGUGUCUCAGUGUCUGUUACACUCUUGAAGUGUGUAUGUGCAAACAGAUGAGUCUAGACUGUUUAGCAGAACUGAAGGAAUAUACAGUUACUUA